CGCGUCACAUUCCGCCGGCGUUGCAAAUGGCGUCCUCGCCCCUGGUUAUUUCUGCCCCUACCGGAUGGAUGCCAGGGGACGUACUGAUAGACGCUGUAAAAAAGUACCCUGUACUCUAUGACAAGCGACAUGAGAGAUAUAAGGACAAUGAUUUCAAGGAGGAGAUCUGGAAGACGAUCGGUUCUAGAUUCGGCGUGAGCGGUUCAAAAUGUCAAACGAAAUUCAAAAAUCUGAAGGACACAUACGUCAAAAUCAGGAACCAGAUAAAGAAAAGUGUGAAGAAUGGAGUGGGAGCUGGAACUGUCCCCAACAUAAAGUGGAAACACUUCAAGACCAUGCUCGACAUAAUGGAGCCCAUGUACGACGAAAAACUAAUCUGGACAAAUAUUGGUUUCAUCCGUGAAGAAGCGAGCAGCGUGGAGCAGCACGUCACCAGCGUGGACGUCGUCCCCUCCCCGGUACCGGACGAGUCCUUGAUCUGCGUCUACUCAACGGAAUGGGAGGGGCCUGCCACCUUCAGCAACUCCAUUGAGCCCCGUAGUCCCGUGACUCCCGCCAGCAGAGUGAGCGAAAGGUCACCAGAGAGCAUGGACCAAGAACCCGACACAGGCUCGGAUAGUGAUAGGAUGCCCAGGCCCAAAAAGUUAGCGAGGCUGUCGAGGAGGCAGGAAAGUUGUGUAAACGACACUCCGGCUGCGAGGACCAGCAGAACAGAAAUGCAAGAUACAAUCUAUCAUUUUUGCAUGACGCUUGCCGGUCAGCUCCGUGAAUUGAGCCCUGGCUGUCAAUUCGAAACAAUGAAUGAAAUUCAAAAUUUAGUUUAUCCAAAAAUCAGGCAGGCCAUGGCGCAGGGUGCGUCGCCUGAGCAUGCUUAUACGAGAGUCCCUACGUAACCCCGAGUUGUGUGCUGUGAUAGCUUCAUUGUUCUUUUGUCUCAGUGUUGGGGUGCACUCAUGCUAGAGUCCCACUAGAGCGACAAACGGGAACAAUGGACACCGUGCAGCAUGCACGGGAUGGUGCCUUUGGCAGGCUUGCAGUCCCCCAGUGCUUGUGAAGGAAGCACAAGCUACCCCAAGCGUGUCGUAGAUACCCCCGUGUGCGGGCUGCACGUGUUUGAGGCUCGUCAGUGUCAGUUCCUUUCGUUCGUCGCUCUAGCGAGACUCUGGCCUCAUAAUUUUUGUUGUCUGCAGUUUCUCAUCUCAAUUCAUAAUAAAGAUACAAAAACCCCCUUG